UCCAAGAAUGAAACAUGACUGAGGAUUCUCAGAGAAACUUUCGUUCAGUAUAUUAUGAGAAAGUGGGUUUUCGUGGAGUUGAAGAAAAGAAAUCAUUAGAAAUUCUCCUAAAAGAUGACCGUUUGGAUAUUGAGAAACUUUGUACUUUUAGUCAAAGGUUUCCUCUCCCGUCUAUGUACCGUGCAUUGGUAUGGAAGGUGCUUCUAGGGAUCCUGCCUCCACACCAUGAGUCACACACCCAGGUGAUGAUGUAUCGUAAGGGGCAGUACUCGGAUGUCCUUCAUGCCCUGAAAGUCGUUCGCUUUGUCAGUGAUGCCACACCUCAGGUUGAAGUCUAUCUCCGCAUGUAUCAGCUGGAGUCUGGAAAGUUGCCUCGAAGUCCCUCCUUCCCACUGAAGCCAGAAGAUGAAGUGUUUCUUGCCAUUGCUAAGGCCAUGGAAGAGAUGGUGGAAGAUAGUGUCGACUGUUACUGGAUCACCCGAUGCUUUGUGAACCAGUUAAACAACAAGUACCGGGACUCCUUACCCCAGCUGCCAAAGGCUUUUGAACAAUACUUGAAUCUGGAGGAUAGCAGGCUGCUGAGUCACCUGAAGAUGUGUUCUGCAAUGUCCAGACUGCCUUACGAUCUCUGGUUCAAGAGGUGUUUCGCGGGGUGCUUGCCCGAAUCCAGUUUACAGAGGGUUUGGGAUAAAGUUGUAAGUGGAUCCUGUAAGAUCCUAGUUUUUGUAGCAGUGGAAAUUUUAUUAACCUUUAAACUAAAAGUAAUGGCACUGAACAAUUCAGAGAAGAUAACAAAGUUUCUGGAAAACAUUCCCCAGGACAGCUCAGAUGCAAUUGUGAGCAAGGCCAUCGACUUGUGGCACAAACACUGUGGGACCCCAGUACAUUCAGCCUGAAUGCCGUGGACAGCCCGCCGGGCCUGCACUACGUGUUCGUUGUGGGAUGGUCUAAGCUGAUUGAAACAGGAUUCUUGCUUUGUGCUCAAAGUGUAAUUGCUUUUCCAGUAAAAUUAUAUAAUUAAGAUGCCUGGGGUGCUGUGCUGUGGAGCAGCAUCUUUUGGUUACACAGAUGUACGAAGUUCCACUCUGAAUACAAUUUAGAGGUGGUUGGAGUUUCUAAAGCAGUUCAGUGGAGGCGGGGGGGAUGGUGUGUGUGUGGGGGUGGGGUGGGGGAGGGGCUCGGGUAGGUGCUUUAACAAGCAGUGCAUGACCACACCCUGCCCUGCUUCUCUCUAAUUAGCACCAAGCCAGUGAUUUGCUAAGGUCUAUUUCUGGAAUAAAGAAUAACUUCCUUUUGUUCACAACUCUGAGUCGGCUUUUGUUGAUGUAGCACUUGUUUAAAUCUAAGCUGACUGCUUUCUGAGGUUUCAUUUUGCUAAGUAGGUUUAAAUAAAGGACUUGCAUUUUU